GAUAUUCUUUCCUUGUGAACAAAGAAAUUCCAACCUUCAAUCUCUCUCAAUUCCCCUUCCCCUUCCCCUUCCCCUUCCCAUAAAACCCUAAAUCUGAGAAGAAUGAAUUCCACACACAAUUGAUAUAAUUAUUCCUGCAGCGAAUUGAAGAAUGGGGCAAUUCCUCGGUGCCGAGCAGAAGAAGGAAAAGGAAAUCGGACCGAUCAUCGACUGGUGCUACGAGGACUACUUUUCCGGCGCCGGCGACGGUGAAAAUUGGACCUCUGCGGACUUCUAUCACGCCGUUUGCCAGACCGUCGAAGAAAUAAACAGAGCAAUCGGUAGCACGCAGAUUCGAGUGCCGCGAAGUGACACAGUUAGAGCUGCCUAUGAUAAACACCACAAAGGCAAAGGAAAACGCUUGACGAAAAACGAGUUUCAAAACAUCGUCCAAAUGGUAAUUCUCGACUCGGGAAUCACGAGCUUUGGGGCUAUAGAAAUAUUGUUGUAUAUAUAUGGAGCGCCGAUAGCCGCUUGGGCCAUAAAGCAACGUUUGGGUCCUAAGUCGAUCCCAAACGAAGUUUUCAUUCCCGCAAUAACCUCCGCCACCGUCUAUCUUCUUGCCAAGCUUAGCAAGAUUUGAUGUAAUAGUUUCGUCGAACUAAACAUUAAUUACCCCAAAUGUGGCCUCAUUUAUGUGUGGAGCUGGAGCUAUCGUUGAGUUUUAUACGGCCUUCUGAAAUCAUUGGAAUGAUAAAUAUUGUCAGAUCUGAGUGGUUAAUUUGUUUGUUUGCAUCUAAGCAUAUUGUAUGAUUAUAAUCA